AUGUCGUCGUUAACCAAUCUACAUGCUACAACUGCAGUUAAUUCAUUGUUGCGGAAUAUGCUUCCUGGUUCAUCACUGGUGAAUACGGAUAAGAAAAGGUCGAAAAGAGAUAAAGGUUCGAAAGCACAAAUGAUUGAUCAUAACUUAAAGAAAAGGACAGCAAUCCAAGAAAGAAAUGUACAAAAGAUUAAGAGAAAAGAGAAGAAAGUCUUACGAAAGAAGAUAGCGGGGAAAAAAGAAGACCAAGAGAAAAUCGAACAGAAGGUCAAAUUAGCAAUUUUAAGAAAGCAUCAAGAAUCCGGAAAUCUCACCGAUAAUGAGAAGAGAUAUCUAGAUAAACUUAUGAAGAGAAACAUUAAAAACCUGAAGACUUGGGAUUUGGAGGAAGAAGAUGAAUUACUUGAUCUACAAUCCAAGAUAUUAGCUAACACAGACACAUCUAGUAAGGCAAGAAAAACUAAAUCAAGAAAACAGAAAAAGAAGGAUUUCAAGGAGAAGCUUUCCACCAUCACCGUGGAUCACAGAUAUCAAUCCUUGACUCCAGGAUUGGCCCCAGUUGGAGCAAGCGACGAGGAAGAUUCGGAAGAAGAAGACUACUGA